GCAAGUAAGUAUGAUGUGUUGAGAGAAGUGUGGAAGAGUGUGGCUGUGCCAUGUAUAAUGUAUGGUAUGGAUGUGAUUGCAUGGAAUAAAAGUGAAAUUGAUAAGUUAGAAGUGGGCCAGAACAAAGUAGCAAGGAUGGCACUGAGUGCACCGAGGUGCACAGCAGUUGAAGCCUUGAGAGGUAACAUGGGAUGGAGCACCUUCAGAGAAAGACUCACAAAAGCCACACUUAGAUACAAGAUUAGGCUUGAGAGAAUGGAUGAUGCAAGAAUAGCAAGGAAGGUGUACCUGUGGAAUGAAAGUGGAAGCAAAUGGAGGAAGAGAUGCAUGAGAAUGACAGACAGGAAUGGAUUGCAAGUUGUGUGGGCGAUAAGAAUGGCUGGGAGGAAUCAAAAUGAGCGUGAAUGUGUGGUAACAAGAGGAGGAAGAGUGGGAGCCGAAUGGGAUGUGAGAAAAUGGAAGAAUGAGAUAGACAAAGAAGUGAAAUGUGUGGGACUGAAUGAAUGGAAGAAUGAGAUGGAAAGAAAGAAGACCCUGGAAUGGUACAAGGAGAAAGAGGCCCCGAGGUAUGAAAGGUGGUAUGAUGGAAGCCUGGGCGGUGAUCUUCUCUUCCGAGCGAGGGCACAGUGUAUGGAUGUGAAUGCAAGGAGUUACAGGUGGUCUGAGUCCCGCAGCAAAGUGUGCCAGAUGUGUGACAUGGGAGAGGAUGAGACGGUGGAACAUGUGGUGCUGGAGUGUGUGCAGUAUGCCAGAGACAGGAAUGAGAUGAUGCAAGUGAUACUGACUGAGUUAGGGCAUGAUAGGAAUGAAAGAGUGGAGAAGACAGGAAAGGAAUGGAUGGUGUUGUUGCUGGGACUGUGUAGAGAGGCGAAUGAAAGGAUGAUUGAGGCGGUGAAAGAGUUUCUGGAGAGAAUGUGGCGUGCCAGGUGUAUGAACAAUUAGGAUAGAGGAUGCUGUUCGUUUCUCUUUUUUUUCCCCCCUUUCUACAGGAGUUGCCGAUCCAAAGGCCUGGCUCAGGAGUGAUCCUGUGCCACCUCUACCAUCAAGAUCAAGAUCAAGAUAAUAUCAUCGGUCUCUCUUCAAGAACAUCGUACAGGCCAGGAAUAAUACAGAAAGUGCGGAAGGCCAGCAGAGCCACACAGCGCCAUGGCAGUGUACACUCGUCUGUUGGGCAGGUGAAAGUGCCUGGAGGUGUUGUCAUCACCUCUGUAGAGGCCUGGCUGAUAACUAGUAACUGCUGCAUUAGGGCCAGGUUUGCGACCUUCACUUCUGUCCACCCUUUCAGUGAGGACCAUGGCCACCAAGUUACAGAUGAGGAGCGCACAGUGGAGCUGCCAGCGCUAGUGGCGGCAGGGUGGGUCAUGGUGGAGGGCAGAGAUGCUAUUACCAAGACUUUCACCUUCCAAAACUUCAAUGAGGUAAUGUGCAGGCUUGGGGCUGGAUGAGUUGUGUUGCACUGCAGAGUGAGAAGAAGAACCACCACCCAGAAUGGAGCAAUGUGUACAACAGAGUGGAGGUGAUCUGGUCCACACACGACUGUGGUGGACUCUCCCGUAAGGACAUUAUCCUGGCUACUUUCUGUGAUAAAGCUUAUACCAAUAACUGAUGGAUUGAAGGCAUCACAACAGCUUGGUUAUAUGGUCUUCACUACAACAGCAAG